GCUUUCUUUGGGGGAAGCGUGGUAGAGACUGUUUUCCCAGGUUGUUUUGAGACAGUUGAAGGAACUUCGGUCACUUCACCGUGAGCAUGGAGAUCGUCCAUGUUUACACGAAGCUCCGCAACGAGUUUGGCCGCCAGUGUCUGUUCACGGACCGGCCGGAGGAGCUGUCCGUGGACAUCCUCCCGGACCCGAGCCUGGCCAUUCAAUUCGUCCAGAAAAGCCACAGAGACCUGGCUGUCCAGACCUACAGGGAGAUGUCAGAGCACCAGAUUAACACAGAGCGCUUUGAAUCCAGCAGCUGUGGGAUAAACCACAUGGAAGGCGGGUGGCCCAAAGACAUCAACCCUAAUGAGAUGGAGCAAACUAUUCGCUUCAGGAAGAAAGUGGAAAAGGAUGAGGGGUACAUCAACAGCAUCCUGCAGCUGGGCAGCGUCAUGGAGCACUGCAUCCGGCAGAACAAUGCCAUAGAUAUCUACGAGGAGUUCUUUGAGGAUGAGGAGGAUGUGGAGGAAAGUCAGGAGCCCCCGUCUGCCAAGACCAUAAAUGUCUUCAGAGAUCCCAACGAAGUCAAACGCACUGUCACCUGCCUGUCCUGGCAUCCUGAUGGAGGCAAGAAGCUGGCCGCUGCUUACUCUUGCCUGGAGUUCCAGAAAACCUCCAAAGAAAUGAGCCUGGACUCCUACAUCUGGGAUGUUGAGAACCCAAACCGUCCGGAGAUGACUCUGAAACCCGUGUCUCCACUGGUCUGUUUGGACUACAACCCAAAAGACUCCCACACUCUUGUUGGAGGCUGUUACAAUGGACAGAUUGCAUACUGGGACACCCGUAGAGGCAGUCAGCCAGUGGAGUGUUCCUCUGUGGAGCACAGUCACAGAGACCCAGUCUACAAAAUCAUCUGGCUGCAGUCCAAGACCGGGACGGACGCCUUCUCUGCCUCUACUGACGGACAGGUGCUGUGGUGGGAUGUCCGAAAGUUGAGUGAGCCCACAGAGCGCAUGGUUGUGGACCCCAGCCGGGAGGGAAGCCUGGACCGAGCUUUAGGAGCCAUCUCUCUGGAGUUUGAGGCCACCAUGCCCACCAAGUUCAUGGUGGGGACAGAGCAGGGCCUGGUUGUGUCCUGUAACCGAAAGGCCAAGACUCCAGCCGAGAAGAUUGUUUGUACAUAUGACGGCCACCACGGGCCCAUCUAUGCACUGCAGAGGAAUCCAUUCUUCCCCAAAAACUUCCUCACUGUGGGGGAUUGGACAGCUCGCAUCUGGUCCGAGGACAUCAAGGAGUCAUCCAUCAUGUGGACCAAGUACCAGAUGUCAUACCUGAUGGAUGCCUGCUGGAGUCCAGUCAGACCCUCUGUCUUCUUCACAGUGAAGAUGGAUGGCGUGCUUGAUGUGUGGGACAUCCUGUUCAAACAAAGCGACCCCACCCUGAGCCUCAAGGUUUGUGACAAAGCUCUGUACAGCCUCCGUGUUCAGGAUAAUGGGCGCAUGGUGGCAUGUGGCUCAGAACAGGGGGAAGCCACUCUGCUGGAGAUCUGCUCAGGACUAUCAACCUUGCAGAAGAAUGAGAAAAGUCUACUGGCUGCUAUGUUCGAGCGAGAGACAAAACGAGAGAAGAUCCUGGAGGCCCGGCAGAGAGAGAUCCGACUAAAGGAGAGGAGUCGUUCCGAACAGAGCAAAGAGGAGGAGGUCGGGCGGGAAGAGGGAGAGGAAGACCCCGACCAGCUCAUCGCCAGAGCUGAGCGCGACUUUUACAACCUGGUGGAAAUGGAGCUGAGGAGAAGGGAGAGGAAGGAAGGAGCAGAGCAGGAAAAAGAUGGGUGUGAAGAAAAAGAUUUGACAGACUGAACAGAAAAUGGUGAAACAGGAGCAUCUCAUUGAAGGAAAUCCCUUUUCAGUCGAUUGCCAUAUUUAUUCUUUGUUCCCUGGAGAUUUCAGAAUGAAUGUUAAUCAGUUUUCACAUGUUUUUGCAGAAACAAGC